AUGUCUCAUUCCUCCCAGGGUGCUGGGUCUCAUGGCACCCAUGAAGAAGGCAAACUCUAUGUUGUGGAUUCCAUAAAUGACUUAAACAAACUCAAUCUCUGUCCGACAGAAUCACAGCAUCUGUUCUCUUUAGAGGAGAAAACCGCAAAUGCUGGCACAACCCCAGGAAAUGGAAGCCGGGGUCUGUUUUUCGUGGGGCUGCUCCUGGUGCUGAUGGUCAGCUUGGCUCUGGUCUUCUUUGCCAUCUUCCUCAUAAUUCAAACAGGAAGCAAAAUGGAAGACGUGUCGCGAAGACUGACGGCCGAGGGGAAGGACAUAGACGACCUCAAGAAGAUCAACAGCAUGAUUGUGAAGCGGCUCAGCCAGCUGGACUCCGGCCAGGACUGAGAGGCUCGCCCAGGCCCAGGGCUGCGUUAAGGGCCGGGACAGCGGUCGUUCAGGCGCGGUUCCAGCGGCUGGUUCCGGGGAAGGGCGACCUCUGCGCUUCAGCUUCGGUGGGGCAGAGUAGCCUGCAGAGAAGCAGCAGCCGGAGGCUUCAGCGCUUGGCCUGCAGCUGCUUUUAGGAAGCGAGGUUGGUUUAGGAGUCUCCAGGAUCCCAGUGAGGGCUGUGAUGCCCCGGGCACCUGUGCAGAUUCCCGCGCAGCCUACGGAAUCCACCCAGCUGUCUGCGUUGAGCUGAACCCGGAGUGCACGUUCCGGCGCACUUUGACAACAGCUUCCGAGUGCUGUUGUCUGCUGAUCGCUGGAGAAAACGUGGGUAGCAGCCGUGUGUGUGCGUUACAGGGGACACACACACACACACACGCACACGCGAGCAAGCCUACUGUAUUCUGUUACUGUUUCUUGAGCUCCUGUUUUGUGAAAAUCGUCAGACUCUAGAGACACUCCCACGCACAUGUGGAAAAAGGCAAUUAUGUCUAUAUAUGAUUUAUGAGCCCCGCCAGACUCGUCAUGAAAAAGAAAUUCUUUGGUAGCCUUCUCAUGGCUUUGGAAGAAACUGGCUAGGUUGGUGUGGUCUUUGCCAAAUUAGAGAAGAAAACUUGCAAUAUUUGGAAGCUUUGUUGUUUUAGCACACGAGAAUAAGUUAUGCUGCAUAUGACAGGAGUGAGUAAAUGAGUU